AUGCACGGCGGUACCGUACGCAAUAGCCUCAUCCGGGUUAAUGCUCCUGCACAGCUCCUUUCCCUCGAAAAUAAACUGCAGCAUCUUCUGAACCUUGGGAAUCCUGCUCGAGCCUCCAACCAGAACGACAUCAUGGAUGGCAGCCUUCUCCACCCCAGCAUCUCUCAGGCAGCUCUCUACAGGCUCGGCGCAUUUUUCGAACAGGUUCAUGUUGAGAUCCUCGAAUUUAGCGCAUGUAAUGCUAGAGUAAAAGUCAAUUCCCUCGUGCAGACACUCAACGUCCACAUUGGUCUUAGUAUUGGUCGAGAGAACCCUCUUCGCCCUCUCGCAAGCUGUCCUCAGCCUCUAAAGGUCCUUGUUGUACUUGCGCUUGAACUCUUUGGCAAAGUGAGCAACAAUGCGGUUGUCGAAAUCCUCCCCGCCAAGGUGGGUGUCGCCAGCGGUGGCCCUCACCUCGAAGUUGAGGCCAUAGGCAAUGGCGGCAGCAGUGGGCUCAUUGAUGAUGCGGAUGACAUUGAGGCCGGCAAUGGCACCGGCAUCCUUGGUGGCCUGUCUUUGAGAGUUGCUAAAGUAGGCCGGGACGGUGAUGACGGCAUCCCGGACAAGGAAUCUGCCAAUCUUUAA